AUGUGCUCCGACUUUGUUUGUUUUUUGGGACGCGGCACCGCGUUGCUCCUUCUGAUGCUCUGGCAGUAUGAGCUCGUGGUUACGUUAGUGGGCCGGGGGCUGGUCUUCAACCGCAGACCUGAGACGUGUACCAUUUUGGUGGCCAUGAAUCCUACGGGCCAGUUGGUCGACGAAACAAGUACCGCGAUUUUCGCUGCUUUGCUACCCAAACGAUUUCUUCUUCUCCAGCUUCACCGCCAGAUAACCGCCCGUCGUGUAUAUCCCUACUUCUCGGAGAAUAUUACUGAAACAUUGAAUCGUGAAUUUGCAAGCGAGUCGAGAUCCAAAAUACGCAAGAUGCCAAAGACUGUAGUCUUCACGACUAUUACACCAUUGCCGGUGGGCAUAACGAGGAAGAGCGUGCUGGACAUGUACAAAGAUCAUGUCUCUAUGAUCGAUUUGAACCCGCUUGUUGUGGAGCGUUACGCUUGUCGACCACCGAGUUAUGCACCAACAGAUGAGUACUGGUCGACUUGGUAUACUAUCAAAGACAGAGUAUCUUACCUGCCAGGCGGACUUGCACAAGGCUCAGUCUCUUACCAUGCCUGCUUCAACGACUGCAAAGAUGGUCUAGAAACACAUGUAUAUGCGCCUCUUGGCCUCGAAAUUCGGGGCAAGUGGAGUGUUGGUGGCCGAUUACCCGGCGAACCAAAACCACCAUGCGAGCCUGGCCUGGAAGGCUCCGAGACAUGGUCUCUACAUUCAUUAGUGGAGAAGCUGGUCGAGAGGGCACACAUCCUCGAGUCGAACUUUGCAAACGAACGAUUACAGGCGUUGCGCAAUGUAGAUCCAGGCGAGCGUAUGGGGCAUGGCGAUAUCUUCAUUGCACCACCGCCUGACUACGAGGGUUCGGAUGAAGAAUCGGACACUAUCUCGCCAGGAUGUAUUUCGCACCUGCGAUGCCACAGCGAUCCCGUUCUUUCUCCUGGGUUUUCUUCUUCCUCGACACUGUACGACCAAAACGUGAACGAACCCAGUGAAACCAAAGACGAGGACCGAUCAGAUUUCUCCCGCCGCGUACUGGAAGAGAAGUCCAUCUCAACUUCAGCGCCAGAGCCACACUCAAUCCUCCUACCAGCAAAAAGCUACGAGGAUGACAUCGCAAAACAACCACGACCUGCCUUGUUGUGCCCAAACCUCCAAACUGAACGCAUAAUCUCGCUCCUACCUCUCAGCCCACGCUCUCCCCGCGACUCCCUUGACUCCCCAGUCCAGCAUGCCCUGGACUCGGCACACUAUCUCCCCUACGACGCGCAAGACCGCCCCAUCUCCUUCACAUUCUCCUUCGACCCGCGCUCCCCCUUUGACAAACGCUCCACAUCCGAAAGCCCACAUUCCUCUCAACAACACCUCCUCGACGACAUCGACAACGCCAUCGACGAAGUAUUUCAGUACACAUCGCCGCCGCCCGCGACCACGGCCGAGAUCGUUCAGGCGAAGAAGUGCGAUAUCCUACUCGCUACCAAGUUUGAUCAGUCGCAGGAUGUAUUGCCUCAGACUACUUAUGCGCCCAAGAGAAAGCGCAAGGACUCAGUCGUGCCGCUGCAUGAGUAUGUCGAUAAGGAGCUUCCGGCGCUGCCGUUGGUGUCGCCGAAGGAUCAGAAGUGGAGGAAGACGUUGGGUUUGUGA